GAUAACCAAUCAACGUGCCGUUUUCCCAUAAGAAUUAAACGUAUAUUGACUUCUAGCCACGCGGCGUUUGCGCACACUUCGUGCAGAAAGUGCAACCAGAAAAACAAUCUCAUGACUUACGUUGAAUUGCUGUCUUUAUUGGAUCCUACGAAAAAAAGAAGUCGCUACUUUAACAUACAGGUUAAGAGGAAAAUAAAUAACAUAGAGAAUAGAAGAGAUAAAAAGUAAAAGCGACAUAAUUAAAAUUAUCAAUGAAGACUGCUCCGCAUCAAAGGUUAGUUAUGGUUGGUGAUCGCGACGGGCUGAAAGAAUUGCUGAGACGUAGAUUAGUUGAGUGCGGAUGGCGAGAUCAAGUGAAGCUGAUAUCGAAGGAGCUAAUAAAGGAACAUGGUCAUGAUAUCACUUACGAGAUGCUGUUGUCCACAGUCACAACCAAGGCUCGCGCACUUGUACCAGAUUCAGUUAAGAAGGAACUACUGCAGAAAAUCAGGAAUCAACUGAUAGCUCAGGAGGAGAAACUAAAGAUUGUGUCGGAUCGUUGAGAACCAUUUAAAUCUCGCAGUUUGGAUUGCUUCCUCAUGUAUAAAUAUUUUGUGUUACAAUAACCUUUUGUAAAUUAUAUAACAUGAUUUUUCAAUAGAAAUGUACUCGUAUAUGACACUCAUUGUAAAUAUUAUGUUAAAUCACACAUGAUAAUCAUCGCAUCUAAUUAGAUGGACAAUUUUCUAUGCAGCUGAAUGUGAUGUACUGAUAGCUGGUUCAGAUAUAUUUUUAAGAAGUGUAUAAGAAGAAAUAUAUAGUGAUAUGAAAAUUAAAUAUAGCAACUUAAUUCACAACGUUGGAUUAACCAUAUAUAAUACCGCAUUGAAAUAAAUGUACGUCAACUGA